AUGCUCUACUACAAGAGACGAGCCUGGUACAUUAAACAUCUAAAAACACAUAAUGGGGUUGAAGCACGACAAUCGUCGGUAAGAUCUACAACAUUCACUUCGGAUAGAGUUGACCCUCAUGUAUCCCAUGGUGAACCAUUAACUGGAAACCACCAGGAGUCCAUUAACAUCAGGACACGUCUUAGCAUUCCUAAUCUAAAACAAUCGACUUGGAAAGUUCAUGACGACAACUUAGCGGUCCUGUUAGAGCAUCCGGGCUCGAAGCAGGAAUUGAACUCGCAGGUAGAAACUUUCCAAAAUACCGUUUAUGACUACUUUAGCGAGCAAUAUCCACCACGUAAUCGUUAUGCUCGCAAAAAUAAAGACAAUUCGUUCAAAUUAAAAAUGCGGAAGAAAAAACGGGAAUUAAUAAAAAAUCUACGUAUAGCCAAAGCUCUAGGCGACAAUCACCUUAGUCAUCAACUAGCUAGGGCGUUAAGGUCAAUCCUUAAAUUAAUCCAAGGAAUAUCGGCGCAAACUGCAGAAUAUCGCGAUAAUUUUGACCGGGCAAAACAAGAAGUAGAUUUCGAUAAAAACCCUUUUGAGUAUUCGAAAACCAUUUUUAAGAAAGAACGCGGACAGCUUCUCUUGACCAACGAUCAAAUUUACGACCAUUUUAAGAGCACAUACGAAGUGCCUAAAAGUUUAAGACGGUAUAGGGAUCCAAACGAUCAAAAACCUGAAUUUCCUCGAAUCGAAUUCCACGGCAUUCCACCAACGCUAGAGGAACUAAGUAGUCAGAUCAAGAGGAAGUCGUCUAAAUCUGCACCGGGACCCGAUGGUAUCCCAUAUAUAGUCUUUAAAAAAUGUGCAUCGGUUCGUAAACACCUCCUAAAUAUAUACGGUAAAAUCUGGUCAAGGAAGCAAAUCCCGGAGUGCUUCGGGAAAGCAAUUUUUGUCCUCAUUCCCAAAAAAGAUCGAGUUACUGAUCCGAAAGAUACUAGACCGAUAGCUUUAACAAAUACUAUAUCGAAAAUCUUUUUCUCGGUUCUACAAACGAGAAUGACGCGAUUCAUGCUCAGCAACAACUAUUUUAGGCCAAAUCACCAGAAAGGGUUUUUACCCGGGAUUUCUGGAUGCUUAGAACACAACACCUUGCUGUCGGAGAGUUUAAAAGAUGCUAGAAAAAGCGAGCGGCAAAUCACUGUUUGUUGGAUAGACUUGGAGAACGCGUUCGGGUCGAUACAACACGAAUUGAUGCUAUUCGCGCUUAGAUGGUACAACUUUCCACCCCUAGUUAGAGAUAUGAUCGCGUCGUAUUACUCAAAAUUAAGGUUUUCUAUAAUAACUAAAGAAGGCCCUUCAAAAAGUUUGAGUUAUAAUGUAGGACUGUUUCAAGGUUGUUGUCUAUCUCCAAUUGCGUUUAAUAUCGUAAUUAACAUCUUAGUAGACAAAUUAAUCUGUAACGAGAAAAAAUGGGGUUAUCGGUUUAAGUUUAAUAAUAAAUACACGGAAUCCAUUUUAGCCUUCGCUGACGAUCUCGCAAUACUGACACGUAACCCCAAACACUGUCAAGUACUAUUGGAUGAAGUGGAUAAAUUCUGUGAGUGGACGGAUGGAUUGAGGACAAAACCCAGUAAAUGUCACUGUCUGUGUCUUGGUAGGCGGAAUACAAGAUACACCUCAUACGAUCCGGGACUAUCGUUAGGCGGUCAAUGCAUUUCUACGGUUACGGAAAAUGCACCAUUUAAAUUUCUCGGUCGUAAGAUAGAUAAUAUAGGCCGUACUCCAUCUUUAGAAGGAAUAGUAGAUAGCUUUUUGAACGAUCUUAACAAGGUAGAUAGCCAACUGAUAAGUAACGUCAAAAAAGCGUGGAUCUACGAGAAUUACUUAACUUCACGUUUGAAUUGGCCUUUCCUCGUCUAUGAUUUUAAUAAAACCCUUUUGUCAAAGUUAGAUGCAGGCGUCAUAAAGAUGUUGAAGCAGUGGCUCGGGCUCGCUCUAACGGCUGAUUCAUCGGCGUUAUUUAGGGGAAGCAAUAGUUUUGGGAUGAGUCUAAAAAGGCCAUCGGAGCUCUAUAAACACCUAAGAGUUUCCAAGAGAUAUAUCCUGGGGAAAUCCCAUGAUGACAUAGUGACAUCGCUCCCAAAAGAUGAAGAUGACCCCGAGCUAGAGUCACGACUUCAAUUCCAUAAGCAAUUUAUGAUAGGAGCGCAAAGUAACAGAGCGGGGUUAGGAUCAAAUAGGAAAGUCCAAGAUGCGGAUAUAUUGAAGUCUUUUAUUCGGCAAGACGAGAAUGAUAAAUAUAAGAUCCAUGCAAUGAAUUUAGAAAUGCAGAACGAGUGGUUAGACAUAGGAGAUUUUUGCAUCCCAUUAGCAUUAAAAUGGCGCACUUUAAUUUAUGAUUGGUCGCCAGCAUUGCUAAAAUUCUAUCUCAAUGCGUUCCAGAUGACUCUCCCAGAUCAGAGUAAUUUAGUAAGAUGGGGUAAAAGUACCGAAAAAACUUGCUAUAUCUGUGGAAAGGCAGUUGGAACUGCUAAGCAUCUGCUGGUGGGAUGUAAGGUACUCCUUGACAGCGGUCAAUACUCGCGUCGUCACGAUAGGGUUCUAGAAGUCAUACGUGAAGCGGUUAGUCUUUCGGUAGCCAGAGCGCAAAAGGGAAUAACCACAAACGAACGAUCAGUAGGUUUUGUGAGAGAAGGCACUAGGGCUACAAAAUCAAACGUCAAGCCUUACUCCAUCCUUAAAGCGGCGUCGGAUUGGACUAUAAUGAUGGACACGUAUGAAAAACAAUAUAAAAUCCCCGAGGAUAUUUGUGCGUCGGCCUCCAGACCGGAUAUAUUUUUGUUUUCGCGAAUUUUAAAGCGCGUAGUGAUAAUAGAGCUUACGGUCCCCUGGGAAACCAACAUCCCCAAAGACCAUACCAUCAAGGUCAACAAAUAUUACGAGCUCACAAACGAACUCACUCGAAACAGGUUCGUAGUAGAUUUGUACGCGGUAGAGGUGGGAGCGAGAGGUAUAACAGCGAAAUCUCUCUAUAACCUACUAAAGGACUUGGGCUUGUCCAGAACUCACAUUAAUGCAUUCUUGGAACGUACGUCGAAGGCAGCCCUAGUAGGUUCUUUUCAAAUUUGGUUAGGUAGGGAGAGGAGCUUGGACAGUGGAGGUGAGCGUAUAACGCGCGUUAGUUAA